UCCUGUUGCAGUUCGAUUGACAGACUGUCCGGUAUGAGUUGUUUGUAGAAUAGUCGUCGAGGGUAACUACCAGUAGUGGUUCUACCGGUGGAAGAAACGUUGUUCUGACACCACAGUUCUGAAGAAGUCACGGAACAGAGCGGUUCUGAACGAGGACAGCCAAGAAGUGGAACCGUUUAAAGUCGCGACGGAACAAUAAGGACGACAGAGCCGCGCACUGGAUCCUGGCGCUUUACUGUCCAGCACUGCUUUCUCCCGCUGAAUGUUUCCUUGUCCUUUCCAGACUGAGUUCAGCGUCUUUAUGGACAAGAGAAGCCAGAUGUGUCCUCUGGUAUUUCAUGGAUUCCCUCUGUUGGUGUGAUGAUGGGACAGCGUGGUGUUGGAAGUGACUGCAGCCCUGGAGGCUGAUGAGCUCGUGCCAUUGGCCAGUCAGGAUGCACAUAGCUUCAGUGGGUGUCAGCAAGUUCUGCUUCCUUUUCUCCCUCGCAUUCUGCGGCCUCAUCCUUCUACUUAUUCCGGCACUCCAGCCACCAACAGGCCAGGUGACCCUGCCUCAGCCCCGACCCCAGGUUAGACCUGUCCAGGCGAGCCCAUCACACCGUGCUGGGGUUCUAGCAGGUUCUACCUACGCGGGAAAUGCAGACUUGGCCACAAGACUCAAUAGAAGCUCAUCAUGGCAGGGGAGACCUAUCUCGACUGGACUUAAUAGGAAUUACAAUCACAGUCCCAAGAAGGGGGUGGACUCUAGAGGAGGCCCCGAGAAACAUGCUCUCCCUGCGGGAAAAGUUGGUGGACUUGCAGGGUCGGACAAGUUGGAGCUGAAGGACAUUUUUUUUGCAGUGAAGACUACCAGGAAAUACCACAAGUCCAGAUUAGAGCUGCUGAUUCAAACCUGGGUGUCACAAGCUAAAGAACAGACGUAUAUAUUCACUGAUGGUGAGGAUAAGGAGCUGCAGAUGAGGACAGGAACUAACAUCAUCAACACAAACUGCUCAGCGGCUCACACCCGACAGGCUCUGUGCUGCAAAAUGUCUGUGGAGUACGAUAAAUUCAUCGAGUCUCAGAAGAAGUGGUUCUGCCAUGUGGAUGAUGACAACUAUGUGGUCCUGGCCAGCAUGGUGCGGUUGCUCUCCUCCUACCACCACAGCCAGGAUGUCUACCUGGGCCGGCCCAGUCUGGAUCACCCUAUUGAGGCUGCAGAGAGGGUCAAGAGUGACGGAUCGGUGUCUGUCAAGUUCUGGUUUGCCACGGGUGGAGCAGGUUUCUGUAUCAGUCGAGGUCUGGCCUUGAAAAUGAGCCCGUGGGCCAGUUUGGGGAAUUUCAUCAGCACAGCGGAGAAGAUCCGACUCCCGGACGACUGCACUGUGGGCUACAUCAUUGAGGCGCUGCUGGAGGUCACUUUAACACACACACACCUUUUCCACUCUCACUUGGAGAACCUGCAGAAGCUGCCCACUGACACUUUGUUGGAGCAGGUGACUCUCAGCUAUGGAGGUUUUGAGAACAGAAGGAAUGUAGUGAACAUUGUUGGAGGCUUUUCACUGGCUGAGGACCCCACAAGGUUUAAGACACUGCACUGUCUUCUGUAUCCGGAUACUAAGUGGUGUCCGAAGCUCAAACCUCACAAAAACUGAAUGCCACUGUCAUUGUAUCCUGCAGCACUAAUGCCUGUCACAUCAUUUGUCCCACUGCCUCACAGUACCACGGUUAAGCUUGGCUGGAAAUCCUUCAAAAAUCAUAGGGUACACAAAACUAGUGUUGGUAAUUUCUUUAGUACCUCUCAUUGACACAACUCUUUAAUGUGUGACAUUAAUCCAACUCAUUAGGUGAAACCUUCACAGCUCUAGUGUUAAGGUGGCUCUAACCAGCCCCUACUGGUUAGACUUCCUCUUGGAACCAGCCUCAAGUGGCCUAUCGAGAAACUGCAGUUUUUGACACUUGAGCAUUGGCUUCAUUUUUGAGCCUCAGGGCAUGCCGUUUGGGAUAUCAAGAACACUUUGAUAGAAAGCAGCCUUGCAUCCUAAUACCUAAAGGGAUCUACAAUCUAAAAGGAAAUGGAUUGAAGUUGCAGAGUGUAAUCUCCACAGAGCUUAACUUCCAAAUUCCAGUCGAGUGAAUCAGUGUUGCCGCAACAGAAUCUGAAGCUCACUUUCUUAUCUCAAAGCGCCCUUGGCUCAGUUAACUCCUUGCCUUUUAUUAAGGAAAUAGGAAAGGUUACUGUGAUCUUUUUAUUUUUAUUUUUUGGGCUCCAUCUGCUGCAGUUUUGCUGAACCUAUCUACCGGUUUAGUUAAACCAAGGGCUGCUCUGAGUCCCUGACCAAAGCUGUAGAAGUACAAAUCAAUCAGGAUCGGCUAAAACUAUCCUGUGGCUAUGAAUGACUAAAAGAAGUUGUUGCAUUUAGAUCUCCGUUGACGUUCAUAUUUGCCGGGAAGCUAUCUUGUGUUUGGAACAUGAUGUUCUUCGACUCAACCAAUGAGAUGAUGUCUGUCUGUAAAAAACAACUAGUCUGAGAGUGUUGAAAUGAUUCAGGAAAACACUACAGUAUUUGAAGGACCUCACAGUAUUAUUUCUGUCAGCAGCAUUCUCUGUUUAUGAGGGUGUGAAGGUUUUUGUGUUUAAUGAAGGCCUUAAAGUUACUUUGUCCCCAAAGAAACACUGAUUCCAUUUUCAUCUUUCUUGUACUGUUGAUCUAAAUUCAACUUAAAAGUGAAUGAAAAAUUGGUUGCUGUACUUUUGUUGAGUCUGAGCUGAUUGAAUAGGAGCAGAAAUGGAUUGGCAGGACACCUCUGAGCAUGGCCUAUAUGCACCAUGGGCUCACAUUUAUUGUAGUCUGUUGUAACCAAACAUAUUCUCCUUGUAUUCGCCCAUGUCAAACAGGUCCAGGUUUUGCACUACUUCGAUUCUGUCACUUCCUAUAGGUUACUGACUGUAGCUGUAUGUUACAGUGUUGGUGUAAAUAUAAGUGAAGUCUUUUUUAUAUAUUGUUUUUACUUUGUGUAUUCUUUCUUUGCCUAGGUUGUAGUUUCAGUUCUGCUUGUACUUCUUUCAGGCAGAGCUACCUUUGUCACACUUUUGUGGGUGGAGCCAAAGAUACCUUAUGAAUGCCAUGAAAUCUGGUAAAAUGCAUGCAUGAGUUUUGUUCUCAUUUCAAGUGCUGCCAGCAUCUCACUUUCCAUUUAGAGCACAUCUUUAGUUUGCAUCAACUUGAGGACACAUUUUACAUUUGUAGCUCUGCUGAUGGCAAAUGUUUAAUGUUCUGUUGUUGGGUCCUUUCAGCACAUUUAUGCUGUUGGAUCUCUCUGAGCCAACCACCCUUUAACCGCAUCAGUGAGGCUCUAGGAAUGUGAACAGAUCCAUAAUAAUUCAAUGGAUGCCAUUUUGUACCAACAUUUAUGAUUGAAAUUGCUGAACAACCUUUAGAUGCAUUGCCAGGAGGAAUUCUAACACCUUUAACGACCCUUUGACUUUUCAUCUGGCACCAUCAUCAGGUCAAAAAUAGAAUGUGUUCCAAAUACCUGCAAAACGAAUGACUUUCACAUUAGCUUUAGCUGAUGUUUAGUUCUAAACAACAAAUUGUUAAAGCACUGCUGGGCCAGUAUCAGCAUCAAAGCAGAUGCUUCCUUGAUGAAGAAAUGUGUUACUAGCCACAGUCGUGCUGUAGUUCUUUAAGUAUGCAUGUUUGCCUGCUCUAAAUUCUAUCAGCUCAUGAUAGUAUGGGAAAUGAAGCAUCCCUAGCCCUGAAACUAAAUUGUCUUAAUCUCAGGAGCACAGUUCUUUCUUCAAAGGGGAGCAUGAUAAACUGCCUCUUGGUCUCCACCCACUGAGCUUAUUCAAACUAGCAUCAGUAUUUCUGCUUAUCAAAAGUAUGCGCGUAAAGCACCAGUCUACCUUUUUGCACAACAGACAAGAAUCCAAAACCCACCAUGUGUCCCACUGCAGGUCAGAGGGCAAAACUGAAUGAUGUGUGUUUUUGUAAACCCUGUCACUGAUGUAUUGUUGCAUUGUUUCAUUAAGAAUAAAACCUUUCUGCAUUCUCAA